UUAUUUUUCCAAGUAACGGUUAGAAAUACGACGCGUCAUUGUUAGUUCCGCUUUCACCCUGACCGCUGCAUAAAUAGAGCUGUGCUGAAUUGUUAAGUCUAGUCAAGGAUUUUGUUGUUACUGUUGGUAUUCAGCUGUACUGCAUUCUCUAAUUAAUACUCAUAUUGUUUCUGAGAAAAAAUAUAAACAAAAACGAUGCCAUCACAACUUGGAUACUGGGCCAUCAGAGGACUUGCUCAGCCCAUUCGUCUUCUGCUGAAUUAUGUUGGAGAAGAAUUUAAAGAUAAUCGUUACAUGCAGGGUGAUGCCCCUGAAUAUUCAAGAGCUGAAUGGGAAAAAGUGAAAUAUACUCUAGGCCUGGAUUUUCCUAAUCUUCCAUAUUACAUAGAUGAUAAGGUCAAGCUAACACAGUCCAAUGCAAUUUUGCGUUAUUUGGCUCGCAAACACAAUCUGUAUGGAAGUACAGUAGUUGAACAAGCACAUGUUGAUCUUCUUUUGGAUGUCAUAAUGGAUGUCCGCAAUGGUUUUGUCAGACUUUGUUAUGGCCCUGACUUCAGUGAACAAGUGCGUAGCCAGUACAUCGCACAAGCCAGACCUGCACUGGAAUCUUUGGAAAAAUAUUUGGGUGACAAACAAUUUUUUAUUGGUGACAAGAUUACUGUGUGCGACUUCCACAUUUUUGAAAUGUUAGAUGUGCACAAACUAUUGGAGCCCAGUCUGUUGGAGGAGAGACCAAAACUGAAAGCAUAUCUGAACAGAUUUGCAUCUGUGCCUGCCAUAGCAAAGUAUUUAGCUUCUGAUGAAAACAUUGUCAGACCGAUCAACAAUAAAUCAGCCAAAUUUUUGUAAGAUGUUUUGUUUUGACAUAAAAAAAUUUGAUGCAUUUGGUACUGCCAAUAUUGUGUAGCUUUGAAUUUCUUUAUCUGGACAGACUGAAAGGGUAACUAUAUCUUGUCUGAUCUUAGCAAAGUUUUGUGUCUAUAUAUAUAUAUCUUGCAAGUCACAUUUCAUGCUAGGUUUAUAAUUUUUCAAAUACAUUUUUUUAUUUAUAUGAACAUUUCAUUGCUAUAUUGUUUUUAUAUUUAAAAUAAAGUUGUUUUGUUAGAAUU